UUUUUUUUUUUUUCUUCUUUCAAAAUCCCUAGCUUUGCUUCUUCUCCAUCAUCACCAUCUAUAGAGAUGGAUAAGGCAUCUCCCUCAUCAGCCGCUGAGAAUCUUCUCAUUGAAGAGAGAGAAGAAGUCAUGGUUACUAAGAAAGGUCGUUGCUUGAGAAAAACCCAUUUCUUAAAACCUUUUGUUACCUCCACCAAAGAUGGCUCUGUGUCCGAGCUUCCUCGUCGUGACUACCAACAACGUCCCUCUUCUGAUUUUUCUUUGGAGCUAAAGCGCUUCUCUUCACAGAUUUCCUUCUCUGGGUUUUGGUUUGCAGAGGGUCCUUUCUUAUCUUGGGUUGAAAAGAUGGAAGCUUUACACGCACCCACUUGGAGAAAAGCUGGGAUUUUUGACGCAAUCAAGGCAUCUACUUACAAUAUCUCCAGAAACACGGCUUUGCUUCUCUCUGUUACUGAGAAAUGGUGUCCUGAAACCAAAUCUUUUGUCUUUCCUUGGGGUGAAGCAACGAUUACGUUAGAGGAUGUGAUGGUGCUUUUAGGGUUUUCUGUUUUGGGCUCUCCGAUCUUUGCCCCUUUAGAAAGCUCGGAGAUGAGAGAUGCCGUAGAGAAACUGGAUAAAGCAAUAUCUGAGACUAAAUGCAGCGGUAACUAUGUGAGGGUAAGUUCAUGGAUUUCGAGAUUUUCAGGUAGAGGUGGUCAGAUGGAGCAUGAAGCUUUUCUGGUUUCGUGGCUUUCGCUUUUUGUAUUUCCUGGUACAGCUCGUCGUGGUAUUUCCAAGUAUGUUACACCAAUCGCUGUUCGUUUAGCUAGAGGUGAAAGGAUUGCUCUUGCCCCUGUUGUUCUCGCUAGCCUCUACAGAGAUUUGGGUCGAAUCUGUGAUUUUUCUAGAGAAAAAUGUGCUGACAAAAUUAACUUCAAGUCUCUGUUUAAGUUAGUACAAGUUUGGACAUGGGAGAGAUUCAGAAACACAAGACCAAAAGCUAGAGAGAUACCCAAAGGUGGACCUAGGAUAGCUCAGUGGGGCGCUCUGCCACAAAGAAAUAAAAUGAGAUUGAGUUUUGAUGAUUUUGAGUGGCGUCCUUACACUAAACCGCUAAAGAACUGGAACCCACUCCGGUUUUACCUUGAGGAUGCUAUGUGGGUGACUGUUGAUGACAAUGUGGAUGAUGAGUUUGCUUCUUUUGCUAGAUGUGUGACAGUUUCUCAGCUUGUUGGAGAUGGUUUUUUAGAGGAUUACUUCCCCAAUAGAGUGGCGAUGCAGUUCGGUUUGGCUCAAGCUCUUCCUGCUUUGGUUUCUCGUCACAGAAACUGUACAGAAAAGGAGGCUUGGAAUGAUUACAGUAAGUCACUUGAUGGUUUAAAGCUCUACAUGCCUUGUCGCCUUGACCGAGGUUCUGUCACUGCAAGAUACCGAGUCUGGUGGCUGAAUUCAGUUUCAAAGUUUUUGGGUUCUGCAGAAAUGCAGAAAGAAACAAGUGAAACUUUUACUGCAAGGAAUAAAUCUGAUCAUGAUGAUGAUGAUGAUGAUGAUGGUGAUAUUGGUGCAUCUCCCAAGGUACUGCCUUUGAGUCAUGUGGUUCAGAAAUUGGAAGAAGGCUUGUCUGCAAAACGCAAAAUAUCUAGAAUGCAUAGGUUAGUAAAGCAGGAUAAGAUAGGAGGGUUGGCAAACGGUCGUGUAUCAUCAGGUCGGAAGAUGAACAAGAAAAAGGAGGAUUUUACAAAUAAGAGAAGCAUUAACAAGCCAGUGCAGCUGAAGCGAGCUCAUGAGGAUGAUGAUGAGAGUUCUAUGGAUGAUGAAGAUGAUAACAUAACUAUUGAUGCAUCUCCCAAGGUACUGCCUUUCAGUCAUAUGGUUCAGAAAUUGGAAGAAGGUUUUUCCUCAAAACGCAGAAGAUCUAGGAUGCAUAGAUUAGUAAAGCAAGAUAAGAUAGGAGGGUUGGUAAACAGUCGUGUAUCAUCUGGUUGGAAGAUGAACAAGACAAGUGAGGAUUUUACAAAUAAGAGAAGCAUUAACAAGCCAGUGCAUCUGAAGCAAAGCAUUUACAAGCCAGUGCAGCUGAAGAAAAGCAUCUACAAGCCAGUGCAGCUGCCACAAAGCAUUUACAAGCCAGUGCAGCUGAAGCAAAGCAUUUACAAGCCAGUGAAUUUGCCGCAAAGCAUUUACAAGCCAGUGCAGCUGAAGCAAAGCAUGUACAAGCCAGUGCAGCUGCCACAAAACAUUUACAAGCCAGUACAGCUGCCGCAAAGCAUUUACAAGCCAGUGCAGCUGAAGCAAAGCAUUUACAAGCCAGUGCAGAUGAAGCGAGCUAACGAGGAUGAUAAUGAGAGUUCUAUGGAUGAAGAAGAUGAUAACAUAACUAUUGCUCGAAGGAUCGGAUCUAGAAAGAAGUAUAGUAGUGAUGCAGAGAAUAAUGUCGGAGAUGCUUCUCAAACACUUGGAAAAAGAACUAGAAGAUAUCUGGCAGUGGACAGCGAUGAUGAUUCAGAGCCUUUUAAAAAGCAUGCGUCGAUUGAAGUAGAGCAAAGGAGGGAAAAGGAUGAUGAAACUGCAAGCAAAUCACAGACGAAAAGGGAGAUUCUUAAUGAUUUUGAGGUUGACGUGAUUGGAAAUACUGCAGAGAAGAAGAGUAUAAUCGAUGGUGAGCAACAUAAUGGAUCUGUUGUGCAAGGCAUUGGAAGAGAUGGGACGAAAAAAUCAGAGUGCUUGGUCCAAGAAGACGGAGAAAAACAGAGGUGCAAUGAGAAGUUGUGCAGUGAAGUUAAGAAAGAAGAAGAGCUUGAUGAAAGACUGAAACAGAGAAAGCUUGCAGUAAAAGAGAUAGCACUGAAGCUUGAGGCACGUAUUGCUGAGAUGGAGAAGACUUUGGCGAUGAUUACAGUGUGGAAAACCAGAGGAAACCAGACUAAAAAUGGAGUUUCUGCUUAGUUAACAAAACAGCAAAUUGUCACACAUAUCACAAUAUUUGAGUGUGAUUGUCUUUUGCCCAUUUUUACUUUUGCAUUUGAGAGAACUUACCAGAAACAAAUAUUUAUGGUGUUGUUAGUAUUAGAAAGACAUAUCAAAUAGAGGAAACAUUACCUUUGCUUUUGAAUUA